GUUGCCUGGCAGCCGGGCGCGGCGCCCCGGCGGAGGCUGGGCCCGUCCCCUCCUCCGGCAGGCCGGAGCCGCUCGGAGCCCUGAGCUCGGCCCCGGUUCUCACCCCGCAGGAGAUGGAGGGAAGGAGCUCGGGCGAAGCAGCCCGCCGUGAAGCCGUCGGCGACGCCGAUGCUGGCGGGGCCUUGCGGGAGCAGGCGCGGGUGGCAGAGCUCACCGGAACCCAGACAGGCGACCAAGAGCUCCGGGAGCAACUGCAGAAGGCAAAGGACGACUACAGCAUGGCCACGGGUGCCAUCUCUUCCUUGCAAAGACAACUGGAGAUCCAAGAAUCCCAGCUCCGGAGAAUCAAAUCUGAAAAGGAAAUGCUCCAAAAGAAGCUGAGAGAGCGAGAAAAUCAGCUACAAGCCAUGUCUACCAAGUUUUGCAGUCUGAGAGAAGAACGGAAACAUGAAGAAAUGAUGGUGACAAUAGAGAAGGAGAACUGCAGCCUUCGACAGGCUGUUACAGAACAGGAAUGCAGACUGGCUGAGCAGAACAAGCUGAUCAGUGAGUUACAGGGGACGGUCAGCAAGCUACAGGCAGAGGUCCUGAGUAGCCAACACCACAUCCGUAAGCAGCAGCGGGCGCAAGCGGCGAUCCAGAGCCAAGCCGAGACACUGGAGCACAGGGAGCUGCAGACUAGAGUGGCCCUGGAGUGCAUCACCAGCAGGUUUGAAAGAUAUCGAAGCAAAAUAAUUCAGGCAACGUUCAGUACGGCGGGCAGCAAGCCUCCCCAGGCAGAGGUCACCGACGAGGAGCUGCUGGAGGCAAUGCAGGUCAGGCCCCUCUAUUCUCGCCCUCCAACAAAGCCACCUCUGCGAAGGCAGACCUGUGCCUCUGGAACAGCUUGCCAGAUUUACAAGGGUAAAAACCGAACUCCUCUAUCUGACAGUCUGGCAGAGAAGAGUCAGGCUUUGAAUAUUUAAUUUGGAACGCAAUGACAAGUUUCACAGAACUGCGCCUAUCUUUGAAUUGGGAGUUAAAUACCUCUCAGCAGAAAGAAACACUGUUGAAUUCUGAUUAAUGUAUUUCCACUAACAGAGAGUACCUUUGUUUUC